CGCGCGGGCCGGCCAGGGGCCGGGCGGACAUGGGCGCCAAGCAGAGCGGCCCGGCCGCCGCUAACGGCCGCACCCGCGCCUACUCGGGCUCGGAUCUCCCUUCCAGCAGCAGCAGCGGAGGGGCCAACGGGACCGCAGGCGGCGGCGGCGGGAGCAGCGGCGGCGGGGCCCGGGCCGUGGCUGCGGGCAGGUUUCCGGCUCAGGUGUCCAGCGCGCACCAGCCCAGCGCUUCGGGCGGCGCCGCAGCGGCCCCGGCGGCCCCGCGCAGUCGCUCCCUCGGCGGGGCCGUGAGCAGCGUGGCGUCGGGGGCCCGAGCCGCACAGUCCUCCUUCAGCAUCCCCAACAGCAGCAGCGGCCCGUACGGCUCGCAGGACUCGGUGCACAGCAGCCCCGAGGACGGUGGUGGCAGCGGCGGCAGGGACCGGCCUCCGGGCGGGGGCUCCGGCGGGCCGCGCCUGGUGAUCGGCUCCCUCCCAGCUCACCUCUCGCCGCACAUGUUUGGAGGAUUUAAGUGUCCUGUAUGCUCAAAAUUUGUACCCUCAGAUGAAAUGGAUUUGCAUCUUGUCAUGUGUUUAACAAAGCCAAGAAUAACCUAUAAUGAGGAUGUGCUGAGUAAAGAUGCUGGGGAAUGUGCAAUAUGCCUUGAAGAAUUGCAGCAGGGAGAUACUAUAGCAAGACUGCCUUGUCUAUGCAUAUAUCACAAAGGCUGCAUAGAUGAAUGGUUUGAAGUAAAUAGAUCGUGCCCUGAGCAUCCUUCAGAUUAAGCAUCUGAUUCCUGUUUGAUAGGUUUUCUUGUCUUUUCGAGAUGCUUGAAAAAUCUAGAGGAUUUGAGGAUCUGUCUCUGGAAAAACAAAAAUGCAGGCUUACUCAGCCAGAAAUCUGAGUUCUGUGACACUUGGUAAUACAGAGAUGGAUAAUCAAACAGGGAAAAAAUCCUGCUGAAGAGAGGACAGUAACCACAGAACUCAGUGUACCAAACUUGCAUAUAAGGGACACACAGGGAUUUUGAAAAUGCUGCACAUCCCUUAAUAGUCAUCUACAUAGAUAAUACUGAUAAACAUUUUGUAUUCAGACGCCAAAGUUAAGUGAUUUAAAAGUUGAUUUACUUUUUAUUAAGUUCUCUAGAGCAGUGCAACUAGCUGUGUUUUAAUUUGUUUUGUU